AUGGAUCCCUUCAUCAACAUGUCUUCUCUCCCAGGCGGCGGAAUCGUCCCCAAUCCGCAAUUCGCCCUGCUCAACUACUUCUUCCCCGGCUUCUCCAUGUUCUCAUCCGCCUUGCACACCUACCUCGGCAUCGACCUCAACUUCUACAUCCCCCUCAUCGUCGCCAUCUUCGGCCUCAACUUCGUGUGGGGCUACAUCAGCACUUCUCUGUGGGCAUGGAUCGACGAGUACCUCAUGUCGUCCUUCAGGGUCCGCACCGAUGACGAGAUUUACAACAUGCUCAUGCUUUGGAUCUCGCGCCAAAAGUUUUCGCAAAACUCGCGCCGCUUCCUGGUCAAUACCGACCUCUACUCUCGCAGCAGCUACGUCUGGGGAGGAAACUCGGAUGACGACAGCGACGAUGAGGGCGACGAGGACGUGCCUGUUGUCGAUUUCAUGGGGCCAAAGCAGAACCUCCAUUACACCCCGUCCUUUGGCUCUCAUCUGUUCUGGUACAAGAGCCGCCCAUUCUUUUUUGAGCGCCACCAGAACCAGCAGCAGAUCAACUUCCAGAGCGCCAGCGAGCGAGAGGAGCUCUCCAUCUCAUGCUUUGGCCGGAACCCUCGCCUUCUAAAGGAGCUCCUUGCCGAUGCUCGCCAGAUGUACCUCAAGAAGGACGAACGCAAGACUCUCAUCUACAGAAGCUCCAGCGGCUCUGCUUACGGCGGAGAGCCAUACUGGCAGCGCAGCUUGUCUCGUCCUAACCGCCCCUUCUCGACCGUCAUCCUGGAUGAGAAGCUGAAGGAGGAUCUGAUUGCCGACACCGCUGACUACCUCAACCCUGCUACUCGUCGGUGGUAUGCCAACCGUGGAAUUCCCUAUCGACGCGGCUACCUCUUGUAUGGCCCUCCAGGUACCGGAAAGAGCUCGCUCAGCUUGGCCCUGGCUGGAUACUUCCGUAUGAAGAUUUACAUCGUCAGCCUCAGCUCCAUCAACGCUACCGAAGAGGGCCUCACUUCUCUCUUCGGCAGCCUCCCCACCCGUUGUCUCGUCCUUCUCGAAGAUAUCGACACUGCUGGCUUGACUCACACGCGAGAAGAGCCAGACGCUGCGCCUAAUCCCGCCCCAAGCACGGAUCCUUCAGCUCCUCCUCCUCCUCCUUCGUCCUCUUCUUCAUCCUCUGGAUCCACUGGUCGCCUUUCACUCUCUGGCCUCCUCAACAUCCUUGAUGGCGUUGCCUCGCAAGAGGGACGUCUGCUCAUCAUGACCACCAACCACAUCGAGAAGUUGGACAAGGCGCUUAUCCGACCCGGCCGUGUGGAUAUGAUUGUUCCCUUCUCUCUUGCCGACAAGACCAUGUCCGAGUCCAUCUUCCGUGCCAUCUACGCUCCCUUUGAGAGCGAGUUUGCUUCAACCGAGCUUGCCAUGAAGGCCAAGGACGGUUCCAGUACUCCUAAGCGUGCUGAGCCCUCCGAGGAGGCAAAGGAGAGAUGGGCCCGCCAGCACGCCGAAAUCUCUGAGCGUAUUGAAAACCUAUCCACGCACUUUUCCGCCAAGAUCCCCGAGCACGAGUUCAGCCCCGCUGAGAUUCAAGGACUGCUUCUUAGGCACAAGCGUUCUCCUGAGGAGGCCAUUGAGGCUGCUGACGCUUGGGUGAUUCAGACUCGCAAGGAUAAGAAGGAAAAGGAGAUUCAGGAGGCUGAGAAGCGCCGCAAGGAGCGAGAGGAGGAGGAGAAGAAUAAGCUCAAGGCUGAAGAGGAGAAGAAGAAGAGUGAGGAGGCCGAGAAGAAGACCGAUGAGGCUUCGGAUAAGAAGGAGAGCACUGAGACUAAGAGUGCCGACGAUACUCCUAAGCAGCCUCUGUCCGCUGGAGAGGCUGGGAAGGAAGAAGUGAAGUCCGAGACUGUAGAGACGGCCGAGGCGGGAACUGUGAAGGAGGAAAAGAAGAGCACGACUUCGGAUUCCGAGUAUGAGCGUGUAUGA